CCGCCGGCUCUCACUGACUCUCCCACCUCCUCUCCUCUAAUGUUUCGAUCAAUGGAUCGGAUUGGAUUGAAUGAAGCAGUGAUUAUCUAAGCCCGCCAUUCCUCUCUCUCUGUGGUUUCCCCAGCAAUAUACUUAAUCCUCCCGCGGCCCAGGGCUCCUUUUCUCUCUCUAAUCCUCUACGUAAGUCUUUGAAUCUUUCCGCUGGUUGUUCCUGUGCCACUUUCACCUCAGUGGCCGUUUUUUGUUUGUUUGUUUCUUUUAUUUUUUUUUCUUCUUCCGUUUCUGCUAUAUACUGGGCGAUGCAUGUAUCAAUAGGUGGUUUCUCUUCUGUUUUUCCAACAACCCAAAUUUGAUCUUGUUUAUCAUUUCGGGAUUGUGCUUACUCUGCUUCCUCUCUGUGUCUUAGUUCAAUUCUCACUUUUGGCCUUCCUGAUUUUGCGUUUCUAAGUCUGCUGAAGACCCACUUAUUCUCUGCAUGCAGGGAAUUCAACUGUUGAAUUCUUUUAUGGUUGACUUGAGGAAUACCCAACCAACUAGUGGCUUCGUCAAAUACCCAGGGUACGGUCUCGAGUUCCCUUUUCCCCUUUUGCUCUUUUUGUUUUGUUUUGCUAAGGGAGAACUUGAAUGGUGUCUGUUAAGAUUUACAACACUUAACCACUCUUCGUUUGUUCCUUUUUCGUUUCUGCUUUUCUUAGUCAGUUGCUUGCAUGUUCUGUAGAUGGAUCCAGUUUGUAAAUGUUAUUAGAUUUAACUUCCUCAGCUUGCGCUUCAGUGAGCAAGCCUAUCCUUUUCAUGACAUGCAUACUGCUUUUCGGGCCAUUCCAGCAACCUUGAAUUUGAUUAAUGUGAGUUUCAUUGUUAGGGAUAAGGGUAGGACCAUUCUUUAAUGUGGUAGCUGGCGUAAUUCUUUACCACAUUUAUUGAAGCUUUUUCUGGUUGUCUAAUGUUGCUGGUUCUCAAAGUUGAUCUUUCUCGGGUAGUCUAUUAGUAACUGACUCAGUAGUUGUAAGAAGUGGGAAAGCAGAGCAAACGAGAAGGUAUAUAAAAGAGAACCGCAACCAUAGUGAGAGACCAGCUGCGUCUAUGAAUAAUUAACUUUGGAGGAAAUGGCGGGGAGGUCGAGAUAUAUUAUUGGCCUCUAAUGUGAGACAUUCUUCGAAUUUUAAAUGCAAGGGACAAAGACGAGGAAACUGAUCUCCAUGUUUGGUGUAGUGACGUUGAGAAACUCAGGGUCUUUGAGAUGCAACAAGAACUUUAAUUUUUAUGACUAGUCGUUUGCUGAUCCUGAAGGCACAAGUUGUAUACAAUAAUCAAAUUCAACCAUGGACCCUAAUGGUGGCAAAAAAGUGAAGCGGAGGGAUCAGCUUGUGCAUGAAAAUGGUGAUAUCAUACUUUCAAUCGCCGGCGAUGUAGACCCAUGGACUGCAUGGGCAUACAAGCCACGCACGAUCUCGCUAUUACUUGUUGGUGCAUGCUUCCUGAUUUGGGCUAGUGGAGCCCUUGACCCUCAAAUGAGCACAGGUGGUGAUGUUGUUAUGACAGUGAAAAGGGGUGUAUGGGCUAUGAUCGCAGUUUUUCUUGCUUAUUGCUUACUGCAAGCUCCAUCAACGAUUCUUAUAAGGCCACAUCCAGCACUUUGGAGGCUAGUUCAUGGCAUGGCGGUUAUAUAUCUUGUCGCCCUCACAUUUUUGCUUUUUCAGAAACGUGAUGAUGCUAGACAGUUCAUGAAGUUCCUUCAUCCUGACCUUGGAUUGGAGCUUCCUGAAAGGUCAUAUGGAGCAGAUUGUCGUAUUUAUACUCCUGAAAUCCUACAAGCGUGUUUAAGAAUCUUUAUGUAUGAUUUCUUCUUGCCCGACUUUCCUUUUUAGCACUGGGUUUCUUACUGAGGGGUGUCUUUGCCCCCCUUCAAACAAAGCCCAUAGGUUGGCUGUGAGCGCUUUACUAAUAUAAUAGUGAAAAGUGAGGCUCUUCUGCUGAGCGACGCUGCGAGCAUGAGUGACUUUUGAUUUUUCCCCUUUUUUCCCCAUUGCUUUUACCGGUAGCACCAGUACUAUGCCAAACUAUCAUUUUCGCCUCAUUUAGUUUGGUUUGUUCAGGACACACUUUUUGAUGAAUUUGUUCUAGCUCAUAUUUUUGGAUGGUGGGGCAAGGCUAUAUUAAUCCGGAAUCAACCUCUUCUUUGGGUGUUAUCUGUUGGAUUCGAGUUCCUAGAGGUUAGUUGGUCUGCUAAUUCUUGGUGUAUGUUUGGUUUCUCAAUUUCUGUAAGUGUGGUUUGCUUUGAGCUCUCGGACAACAAUGCUCAUUUAUGUUCUCUGGCAUUUUCAGUUUACUUUUCGUCACAUGUUGCCGAAUUUCAAUGAGUGCUGGUGGGACAGUAUCAUUCUCGAUAUACUGACAUGCAACUGGUUCGGUGAGACUUCUUGAACAGAAUGUUCAUUACCCUCCUCUUUUCUAUUUUUGCUGUUGCUCUUGGAACUUCUUUCUGAUUGAUGUUACUGGUUGACAAUGUGAAGCAGCUAAUUGAGAAAAAAUUAUAUAUUUGAGAGUCCAUUUUAUGGCGAUGGCUAGAAGACUGAACUGUUGACUAAGAAAUUAUAUUUUAUUUGUAUGGAUCAAAUUAAGGAUUGGUAUCGAAGGAUAUCCACACUGGGUACCUUGGUUACCUCAUUCUUUUGCUGACUAGAUUGCUUCUAGUUGUGUAUUUAUGUACGACUUGGUAUAUUUAGUGUUUAGUGCUGUAGUUUCUAAAUUAAGUUAGUGUGGCUACGUUGGAUAUCUUCAGCUACUCUCAGGUGUAUGGGGGCCUUAUUGACAUUGUCGAAACAUGCUUCUUCAAAUAGUAACAUGUGCCGUAUGAAGUUGAUAAAGUUCUGUUAGAAGUUACAACCUUCUGGCCAUCAAGUCCAUGUGUCUCUCUUAUUAGAUUUAAGUGCCUACACUCUAAUCUUGAUGCAGGUCAGAUGUAUGGUCUUAUCAGCUAAUUGCUUGCUCCUCCAGUUGUCCACAGUGAUAGUGCAUUGACAAUAUCAGUUAAGUUGUGAUAAAGUAAACACUAAUAAUCUAAAGAGAGAAAAUGAAGUAAUUGCUAAACAAGACCAUUAGGGGCCUUAGUCAAUGCUGAAUAUUUAGCAUUCUUGAACUGGAUGUCUCAAACAAGUUGAAGUUGCAUUCUUCAACUGGAUUUAGGCUGCAACCUAGGUUUAGAGAACUAUAUUCAAUUAAAAAAAGUGCUAUAGGAGUAGCUAUUGACUAGCACUUGUUCAUGAUUUAUUUGACGUACACAAGAAAGCUAAACUUGCUACUUCUGGCAAAUCUAGUUCGUAAGGAUCAAUAGGACUUGUAAUUCGGGGCUUAUUAAAAUUUACAGAUCCGAGAAAGAUAACGUUGACACCCUUCUAACUAAUUCCUAAGUGAUAUCUGCUGCCCCCGCCCAGAGACACGGAAAUGGUUGGUUGAUUCUGGUUUAUGAUUUCGAAUUUGUGCCUAACAUUGUAUUUCACAGGUAUUUGGGCCGGGAUGUGUACUGUAAGGUAUUUUGAUGGGAAAACAUACGAGUGGAUUGGUAUUAGUCGGCAGCCUAAUAUUAUGGGCAAGGUAUGUGUUCCACUUAUUUCACCUGGACUUUGUCCUUCGACUGUAUGAGCUUCCAGUAUUAUCUGACUGUCAGUAAUCCUCUUGUUGCUUCUUAUGUCCUCUGCUGAACGUUCAUGCUAUGUCAGUGGAUUUGUAGAUGUUUCCUUGUUGGUGGUCUAGGAAUCAAAUUGUCGAUCAUUCUUAAUGUUUAAUUUCUUAUUUCUUCCUCAGAGGACAAAGUCUGAUCCCGAUACCAUUUUCUGCCAUAUCAAGAAGGGGCAGUGCUGAUAUCUUCUGAAUCACUUUAUUGUUAUGGUUUGUUUGGCAGGUGAAACGAACACUAGGACAGUUUACACCGGCACAGUGGGACAAGGAUGAAUGGCACCCUUUACUUGGUCCAUGGCGUUUUCUUCAAGUUCUGACCUUGUGCAUAAUCUUCCUUACAGUAGAGCUGAAUACAUUCUUUCUCAAGUUUUGUCUUUGGAUCCCUCCACGCAAUCCUGUGAUAAUCUAUAGAUUGAUCUUGUGGUGGUUAAUUGCCAUACCGACAAUUCGUGAAUACAAUUCCUAUCUUCAGGAUCGGUACUCUCUCUCUCUCUCUCCCCCCCCCCCCCCCCCCCCCCCCCCCCACCCCACCCCCAUUUCACCUGUUAUGGUGGGAUCAACAUAAAUUAAUUUCAUAUACAUAUUAUGUGAGCUGUUAUCAGAACACCGGUUAAAAAGGUUGGAGCUUUUUGUUGGCUUUCCGUUGCUAUUUGCAUUAUCGAGCUUCUCAUCUGCAUCAAGUUUGGACAUGGUAUGUUCUUUAAGCAUACUGAUGCUUCCUCUUCACUUUCCCAACUUCUGAUAUCUUUGCUUGAGGCUGGUAAUGACUUAUAGCUUCAUCUUGAUCAGGUUUGUAUCCAGCACCUAUGCCUAGGUUGCUGGUCGUCUUAUGGACUGGUGCAGGAGUUACCUUGGUAACAUUCGUGCUUCUGUGGUCAUGGCAAUUGCAUCGCAGAAGUUGUGAGAGAAAGAGACGAUGAUAUCUUACAAUGGUUUUGCUGGUAGUCACUCGUUAUAUCUUAUUGUUUUUACUUGUCAUAGUUAGUGGGGUUUGGGUAGGGUCUUGUACAUACCCUGAGAGAUUAUCCUAGAGAAUGUGGCAUGAUAUAGUUGUUUCGGCAUAGGAUUCCUAGUCCAUUGAGUUGCUAAUUUGAACACAUGGGUAUAUUUGGGUUGUGGGUUUCUUUCGGUGUAGUGUGUGUUUAAGGCUUUUAUCAAAACUCUUGUGUUGGUCGGGAGAUUUUUCUAAAGAUGGUUUGAAGGCCGGUAUGGGAUUUUGUUUACAGGGUUCCUGCGGAAGUAGAGAUUCGAGUGAAGCUAGCCCGAGUAGGCAUUCAUGAUUGUUUGAUUUAAUGAAGAAAAUAAUGUGGU